UCAAUGUUCACUCGCUCUCUUGAGCUUCCGCUUCCGCUUCCGCUUCCUCUUCAUCUUGUCAAUUCAAGCCCAGUCUUCUCAGCCUUCGUGAGUCGUCAGAGCGCAAUCUCGACAUUUUCAUCGAUUCAGCAAUGUUCUCCGCGAUAGGUACGCCGUCAAGGGGAUUAGUCCUGGUUUACAGUUCGUUUGCUGAAAAUGGUCACGCCAAAACCUCGACGGUUGCCCCUUCCUCGUGUACAUCCUGGAUUGGUUAUAGUAACAGAAGGAGGCCUUCGCUUGUAAGAAUAGAGGUUGUCCCGAAGCCCGUUGCAUCCAGUAGCGGCACAGAGCAGCGCGAAUCUGCCGGCAGGGAAUCGAGGGACGGAAGCGCCAGUGACGAGGCUUUGCAGCUCCGGAGGUCUGCUGAUUGGAGGGCUGCAAGGACAUAUAAGGAAAGUGGUGUCAUUUUUGAUGGAAAAAUAGAGGGCUCAAAUGCUGGUGGUUUACUGAUUCGGUUUUACUCACUACUCGGCUUUCUUCCUUAUCCUCUUUUGAGUCCUUCUCAUUCUUGUAGAGAUCCAGGAAAAUCUAUUCAAGGCAUAGCAAAGGAUCUCGUGGGCUCGUCCAUCUCUCUAAAGGUGAUUGAAGCGAAUGAGGAAGAAAAAAGGCUGAUUUUCUCUGAGAAAGAUGCUAACUGGUCGAAAUAUUCCAGUCAGGUUAAGGUCGGAGAUGUUUUUGAUGCUAGGGUGGGAUCGGUGGAAGAUUAUGGUGCAUUUGUGCAUUUGCUUUUCCCUGACGGACACUAUCAUCUCACUGGGCUAGUGCAUGUUUCGGAGGUUUCUUGGGAUUUGGUUCAUGAUGUAAGAGAUAUUCUUAGAGAAGGAGAGCAGCUUAAGGUCAAAGUUAUACAUAUAAAUAGAGAGAAGUCUAGGUUAACUCUUUCAAUCAAGCAGUUGGAGGACGAUCCUCUUUUGGAGACACUGGACAAAGUCAUUCCUCAAGAAGGCCAGUCAGAAUCUGACACUCUUGUAAUGCCCGAUAAUAUUAACAUUGAACCUCUCCCUGGGCUUGAAAGCAUAUGCAAAGAACUACUCCAAGAGGAUGGUAUAACUGGUGUUCGUUUUGGACGUCAAGGUUUGGAGAAGAGGGUGGUCUCGCAAGACUUGGAGUUGUGGCUUUCUAGUGUUCCAGCAAAAGACAAACAGUUCACGCUUCUUGCACGAGCUGGAAGACAGGUCCAGGAAGUCUAUUUGACAAGUACACUCGACCAGGAGGGCAUUAAGAAGGCUGUACAGAGUGUUCUGCGAAGGGUCCCAUAAGCUCACAGGAUUUGGUAAUCAUCUCCAAUUUUUUAUUACAGUGGAAUCUAUUAAAAUAUUCAUACUUUCAUUUUAAUUUUUAUCUCUAAGGAUUUCUAUACGCAUAGACGAACUGUAGUAUGAAUAUUUGAUGCUUUUCUGUAUUACAUUUGUUUGUUGUUUUCUAUUGUUAGUGAAGCUGCUACUUUCCAAGCUCUUUCUUUAGUCAUGAUUUCUUCAAAAUUCUCUUCCCAUCAAGAUUGUUGAACUGCAAUGUAAGUGAAAUUUUUUGAAAGUA